AUGUUUAUUUAGAAAAUUGAUCUAUUUUCAUCAUAAUUUAAUUUUAAUGUCAAUGAAAAACAUAUGAAAAGAAGUACUCUGAUAGGAGCUUUUCUUUCUAUUUUAGUUAUUAUUGCUAGUUUAACAUACUUUGUUUACGUUCUUAAGUAGUAUCUGACUAACUAAAUAGAACCUAAUUAUAGAUCUCAAAGCUUAAUAGCUGACUACUAACUUGAUAUACCCUUAAGUAGUGACUUGAUUGGGUUUAAAUUUGAUUAUGGAAAUAAUUACGAGUUAGAAAAUUAAAAGGAUAAGACUUACAUUGUUUAAUUGGCCUUCUUUUAUUAUCUUAGUAAGGAUUAACACAAAUUUAUACCCCUAGAUAUAAUAGACUGCACUAGUCCUCAUCUCUAAGGAUUUAAAUGCUUAGAUUUUACUAAACUUUCUAACUAUACCUUGACACUUGACUCCCAAAUUAACUUGCAAUCUUAGAUAUAGAUUUUAACUUACGGAUGUAGAGAUAUUGAUGAGCUUAAAAAAACAGUGCCUGACAAUUGCGCAGAAUAAUCAGAGAUAGACAAAAUUGUUAAUGGUGUAAAUGCAGGUUAGAGAUUUAAACUCUACACCUCCCAAUACAAUCCAACUACUGAAGUGACUUAAGUAAGCUACAGGAAUAUAGUUGUUUAUACAUACUCUAUUUAAUCAAUUGCUACUAUCUUAAGUACUUAGAUUUAAACCACUACGAUAAAGAAAGGAUUAAUAGUUUAAUCCUCAGAAACUUUUUCUUCUCCUAUUUCAUAUGAUUAAGUAAGUCAAUAAGUUGAUAGAUAGUAUGCACUUUCAACAGGAAUAGGCCCAUUUAGCAUUGGAAUGUUACAAGUUGAAGAAGUUGUUUAAUAAAUUCAAAUUCAAUACUCGACUUUACCUUAAAUACUUGCUUUGGUGAAUAGUAUUUUUGCGUUUUUAAUGCUCAUAGGAAUUAUUGGUCGCUACGCUUCUUAAAAAUCUAUUCAAAAAGACUUUUUUAUGUUAUUUUUAAAGACAAUCUAUCAAGAUUAUUAUUUAAAAAACCUUAUUACUUUUAAUUUUUUUAAUGAUUAAUCUGAAUAAGAGUUAAACUUAGAAAAGAAUCAAUAAAAAUCAGAGGAGAAAAAAAGAUAAGAAGACGAAGAAGUUGAUGAGAUCUAUCAAAAAUAUGAUAAGCCUAUAUUUGUCCCUGCCUUUCGUAAUAAAUUUAAAAAUAGUGUUGACUUAGAAUAAUCAAAUUCUAUUACUCAAGCAAAAAACUUUACAUUAAAGUCAAUAUAAUAAUCAAAUGCUCUAACAACUCAAGAUUAAAAAGAAGUUGUAACUGAAUAUAUUAGCACUUAAAAACCUUUAAAUGAGAGCAAAUAAGAAGAUAAUCUAGAUAAAAUACUAAAUUUACAAUAAGACUCUGUAAUUGAAAAAUAAGGCUUUAACUAGGAUAGCCCAUAGGGUAAAGAUGUGAUCAACUAAUUCUCUUGUUCCCAAAUAUUAAAUGUAACUAAAUCAAUCAAUAGAUCUAAUUCUAGCUUCUUUUAUAGCUCGCAGCUAAGAAAGAAUCGCCAAAGUGAAAUACAAAACCAAGAGUCUAAUCUGAUUUUGUAAAAGCUUAAGACCAUUCAAGACUAAAAUAUUUCAAAUAAAAUUGAGGAUAUCAUUUUCAAAAAAAAAUACUUUAAAAAAGAAAACCAAAACAAAAAUUAAUAUAAAAAUAAUCAAACAAUGAAGAGAGUUGAGCAAUAAAUUCAAAAAGAACUGAAUAUAUUAAAUUUUGUGAAGGAUAUUUUAUUCUUAAAGAAAGCUGUAUUGAUGAUGUUAAGUCAAGAAUAACUGGCUGCUCUUUAAGUUAUUAGUUGCUCAUAACAAUUUUUAGACUUGAAUUUAAAUGAUAACUUUGAAAGUGUUAAGUAGUUAGAAUAAUAACAUAGUUUGAGUCAUUAUGAAAAAUCGUUUGCUUUGAUGGAAAAUGAAAAAUUUUAGCUAGCGUAUUUAAAUGAUUUCUUAGCUAAGUGCUAAAAUAAUGAUAACUUAAGCUUACUGGAUUUAAAAAUAAUAUAAACUCUUAAAAAAUGUCAUAUUAAUUGA